GAAUUAUCGGGAUCCGUGAGAGGAUGAAUAAAAUAGAAAGAAUCGGUAAAUCUGCCUCAUUUCUAUCGAUGGACAGAAAGAGUAACAAGAUUGAAGAUUACACGCCUCAAGUUUGUUUAGUGGACGCCGAUUAUCAAGGAUGGAAACAGAAUCAUGCAUUAAGGUUGAAUCAACCGGCCAAAAUAUCGACAUUAUCGAAUCAGAAGAUGCAGCCCAGCGUCUACACUUGAAGAUGAAGAACUUCCUACUCAAAAGGGAGGUAACCCGAUCGAACGAGGACCUGAGCGAUGUCCCCGACGACGAGAGCGAGGGUUCGGAGGACAGCGGUCUGCAGGAACCAUCGUCAAGUGCCGCUUCGGACGAGGACACGCCAGACGAACUGGACUUGAGCGACUGCAUCGGUGUCGCACGGCCUGCUCGAGUGAAGGGGUCCGCCAAUUACCGGACUUUUCCCAACAACCACAACAAGUUCCUUGAAGACACUUUCAAGCUGAUAAUGAAGGACGUCGUGGCUAAGGUCGGAGACAGGACGAAGAAGGUCAACGAAUGGGUCGCUCCAGAGGAGCUGGCCGACCUGUUGGACCUGGAACCCACCGCCAAGGGCGAGAGUCAUGAGCAGCUUCUGCAUCGGCUGAAAGACGUCAUCAAGUUCAGCGUCAAGACCGGGCACCCGCGGUUCGUCAACCAGCUCUUCUCCAGCCUGGACCCUUACGGCCUGGCAGGCCAGCUGGUGACGGACGCACUCAACACCAGUCAGUACACCUACGAGGUGGCGCCGGUCUUCACGGUCAUGGAAGAGGCUCUUCUGAACAAGAUGCGAGAAUACGUUGGUUUCAACACCGGGGAUGGAAUCUUUGCGCCUGGCGGAUCCAUCGCCAACAUCAUGGCCAUCAGCUGCGCCAGACACAAGGCCUUCCCAGAGGUGAAGAAGAAGGGACUCUUUGGCAUCCCUGAACUGGUCGUGUACACGUCCGAGCUGUCUCAUUACUCCAUUAAGAAAGCUGGCUGUCUGAUGGGGCUGGGAGAAGACAACGUGAGAUGCGUCAAGACUGACGAGGUGGGGAAGAUGAUUCCUGCAGACCUGGAGAGGCAGAUCAUCGAAACGAAAGAACGGGGAGCAAGACCAUUUGUCGUCGUGGCAACUGAAGGAACGACGGUGUAUGGCGCAUUCGACCCCAUUAACGCCCUGGCCGACAUCUGUGCUAAGUACGGCUUGUGGCUGCAUGUUGACAGUGCUUGGGGAGGCGGGGUCCUAAUGUCCAAGAAACACAGACAUCUGAUGGCGGGCGUCGAGCGGGCGGACUCUGUGACCUGGAACCCCCAUAAACUCCUGGGCGUUCCCCAGCAGUGCUCCGUGAUCCUCUGCCGCCAUGACGGUCUGCUGAAAGACGUGCACAGGGCGGAGGCCAAGUACCUGUUCCAGAAGGACAAGUUCUACGACAUAUCAUACGACACUGGCGACAAGACGUUUCAGUGUGGAAGGAAGGUGGAUGUCCUCAAGUUCUGGCUCAUGUGGAAAGCAAAGGGUAGUGAAGGUUUCGAGCAUCACGUUGACCAUCUUCUGGACAACACGAAAUACUUCGUGGACAUGCUGAAACAGCGCGAAGGCUUUCAACUGGUCGUUCAGGAUCCCGAACUUACGAACGUCUGCUUCUGGUACAUCCCACCAUCCCUCCAAAACAUGGCGGAAGGUCCCGAGUUCUGGGCCAAGCUGCACAAAGUUGCUCCAAUCAUCAAAGAGCGAAUGAUCAAAGCGGGCUCCAUGAUGAUCACGUAUCAGCCACAGAAAGACUUGGUAAAUUUCUUCAGAUUGGUGCUGCAGAACUCCGCCACAGACUUCGAAGACAUGGAGUUCUUCGUUAGAGAGAUUGAGAGACUUGGUGAAGAUAUUGUGAUAUAAAUACAACGUGCAAUAGUCAAAGACGGUGUCGUCCUUUACAUUACAAUCUGUGUCGACCUAUGAAGCUUAAAUGUUUACAGAAAUCUCACUCACAUUUGAUGAAUAAUAUGCGUAUACAGUACGCCUAAUCCUAUGGUAUUGGGCAUCGUGUUGCAAAGUCGACCGACCAUCCAUAGGCCAGUUGACAAACUUAAAAUCGUCCUCCCAAAAAAAAAACGUAAAAUAUAUACAAAACGUUUAUUACCCAAAUAACACUAGUCGACGAUUACCCAAAUCACACUAGUCAAAAGAUUACCCAAAUCACACUAGUCAAAAGAUUACCCAAAUCACACUAGUCAAAAGGAUUACCAAAAUCACACUAGUCAAAAGGAUUACCCAAAUCUCGCUAGUUAAAGCCAGCAGGUAUAAUUGUAAAAAUCUACUGGGUACAAAUGGGCAAACUCCGUCACGUACAGUGUUAUUUAAGUCACUUGUACAGGUGAACAGUUUGAACUAUGAACAACGAGCUUUAUUUUGCAGUGCAGGCACUGUCAUGUAUUAACAUUUUGGUCGUUUUCUUGGCAGAACAUAUUUAUUUACCACACUUAAUAAAUAUUUUACAACAUA